CCUUGGAGACCCUGGUCCCUGGGCGCCUGAGGACCAGUAGGCUGGACUCGGCCACCUCUGUGAUGCCACGCGGCGGGGUCCAGUCACCCGGCUCUGAGGGCCACCCCAGGCGGAACCUGCCUCCUCAGCCUGGGCUCUGGUGAGGAUCCGGACCCGGGGACCCCACAGCCUGCCGGACCUCCGCGUGCCACAGGAGAGGCUGGACUUUGAGGGGACAGAGAUUAAACGUGGUUGCCUAAGGCCUGAACCCUUUGUUACUUCUCAAAUGUGGUGUCGGGAUGUUGGCAGCUCACCUCAGUCAUCCAUCCAGGCUUUCCAGUCACAGACAGUCAUUCAGGAUAGGCGAAUGCAAGAGGAUGCCUCUAAGAAUUAAACCAUAGAAAGGAGAAAGCUGUUGCUUCUGAGUUUGGGAGAAGUUUGAUAAUAAAGAUAUCACCAGAGGUUAGAAACAACUAGAGGAAGUGCUAGUAGGAUGGCGUGUGGGAAUGCACACAUCUCUAAAUCAGACAGUCUUGCUGUGGGGGCUGUCCAGAUUAUGCUCGGCAUCUUUAGUGUUUUAAUGUGGUACUUCCUGUUGGUUUUAUAUAUGGGACAAAUUAAAGGAGUCUUCGGGAAAUAUGAACCUUUAACAUACAAAACAGGAUGCACACUGUGGGGAAUUUUUUUUAUCGUAUCAGGAGUCUGCAUGAUAAAGACAGCGAAGAAUCCAACUCGAGCCCUGACUAUAUCCUCUCUGGGCCUGAAUCUCUUAUGUAUGACUGCUGCACUCAUCUCAAUGGUUCUAACCUUGGUGGAGUUGUCCUCUUUUAAAUCUGUGUCAUAUAAGAAUUACGGGCAAGCGAAACUGGGGAGGGAAGUUUCCCGUGUGUUACUGGCCGUCUACUUCCUGGAAAUUUUCAUCACCCUUAUGCACUCGAUCUUCAUGUGUGGCAGCCUGAAUCGAGGACACGGCGCUGUUUCCACAUCUGCCACAGAGGAGACUGAAACUGCUUUUUGAAACCUUAGAAAUGUGAGAUUUUCACCGAUGCCGAUACCUGAUGCGGGUGCUAUGAUAUUUCAGUAUAAAAAAAUCUGCCACCGAACCUGCAGAUUUUGUGCAAAAGAAAAUAUGGAACAAGUUGAAUUUUUCUCAUCAACAUUCAAGAAAUUUCUAUACACACUUUUCUAGACUCCGAGAGUAAAGCUUUCUCCUGUCUAGGGGUGAGAUUAUUUCAAGGGAGGAUUUGUUAUCUACCUAGUAUGAAUAGCUCUCAACAUUCCACAAAAGCUUUUAUAAAAGACUCUAAAACACAUUUUUUUGCUAGUGUGUAGGCUAUAGAGACUUCAAGUGUGAUAUUGUAUAAAUCACGAGAAAGUAGUGUGUUCCUAUGAGUAAAAAUCGUAUUUCACACCGAGCUUGUCAAGUGAACUAGCUUCUCCACUAACACAGUAUGACAAAGGCCACCAAAUCAGAGUCCCUCCUUGUUCCUUGACUUUCACCUCUCCUCAUUAAACUUCCUGUCUUCCCUGGAA